UGAGCCCUCAGUUCUCCAGAAACACUAACGAAAAUGGGGAAACCACACGUUGUGGUAAUCCCUUAUCCAGCACAAGGCCAUGUUAUUUCUGUCAUGGAACUCUCCCAAAACUUAGCCAAACAAGGCAUCAAAAUCAACUUUGUUAACACAAUGGGUCUUGGAUGCAUUCGGCGAGAAGGUGGAUGAAAAUGGCUUAAUUCAUCUACUUUCAGUCCCCGAUGGACUGGAAGAUGGGGAAGAUAGGAAUCAGUUAGGGAAGUUAACUGAAAGUUUAUACCAGGUUAUGCCUACUCAACCCAAGGAACUCAUUCAUAAGGUUAAUGGAUUAAAUGAUGAUAAGAUUUCAUGUGUUUUAGUUGAUAUUGGCAUGGGGUUGGCUCUUGAUGUUGCGGCGGAGUUGGGGAUUCCUACGGUGGGCUUGUGGCCGGCUGCGGUGCUUCAACUGGCGGUAUUGCUUAAGGUGCCCAAACUUAUCGAUGAUGGACUGAUAGAUGAAAAUGGCGCUCCACUCAUGAAACAUAAGAGGAUUCAGUUGUCACCAAUGACGCCUUCUAUACACCCUGUAGCGACCUAAAAAAUUUUAGCACGGGCGUUAGUCGAAUUGAUUGUUGAAAAUUUGAAAACAGGGUCUUGAUUUUUUUACAAAAGAGGAGUCACCACCGAUCUUUUUUUUCUAGGUGUGAUCAGACACCUAUCAAAUUCUCUUUUUUAAAAGAAAAAUUAUUUUGUAAAUUUCAUUUUUUUUUAAAAAGGCCGAGUUUAGGUCUACGUCAAAAUUCUAGAGAAAAUUAGAGUUUGGGAGUCUGUUAGGCGCAAGGAAGGUAUUAGCACCCUCGCGACGCCCAAAAUUUGUAUCUCGUUAAGCGGACGUUGUCCUAAUUUUUAAAAAUACGAGUUCUAAUUAUUAUUUAA